UCUCUCUCUGUGCCCGGCUCUGGCUCGCCCUCUCGCUGGCCUUCAACGAAUCGAACAAGGCGAGAGAGAAAAAUGAACCAGCGGGAGUACAGAGGGAAAGUGAAGAUCCAGUGAGUGGUGGAAAAAUCUGCGCUUUUGACUAGCCGCCCAAGUUUUACGUGGGAAGCGAGAUGGCGGAGUGAGCAAUCGCGCCCCAAGGUGUCCGCCAUUGCGUCGUCGCGGGUGUCCGCGGGAGGACGAGAGCGAUCGGGGAGUUUUCCUCUGGGAGGAUCUGGAGUCGGAGAUCCCGAUGGUGGGCGAUUCGAGCCUGGAGUUGCAGGAGUCUGGCUGGGAGGAGCUGAGGAAGGAGGCGAGGACGAUCGAGGGCGAUCUCGAUGUCAAGCUCUCUUCCUAUGCUAAGCUCGGGGCUAGGUUCUCGCAAGGAGGUUAUGUAGACACCGGGUCACCACCUAUUGGGUCCAGCAGAUCAGGGAAGUCAAUGGAAAUGGAGAUCCAGUCGUUGCUCGAGAAACUAUUAGACACAAAUGAGGCUAUGAGUAGAUGCGCUGCAUCUGCUACUCCCACUACCUCAGUAACUCAGAAGUUGGCAAGACAUAGAGACAUCCUUCAUGAGUUUACCCAGGAGUUCAGACGAAUCAAGGGAAACAUCAUCUCAAUGAGGGAACAUGCAGAACUUCUCAGUUCUGUCAGGGAUGACAUUAGUGAGUAUAAGGCUUCUGGGAGUAUGUCACCAAGAGUGCAGUUACUAAGAGAAAGAGCUGCAAUUCAUGGAAGCAUAUCCCAUAUAGAUGAUGUGAUUAGCCAAGCUCAAACAACAAGAGCAGCUCUAGGCUCUCAGAGGUCCCUCUUUGGGGAUGUUCAAGGGAAAGUGAAGGUCUUAAGCGACAAGUUCCCUGUAAUUCGUGGCCUCCUAGGCUCAAUAAGAAGGCGGCGAUCGAGAGACACUCUUAUUCUCUCUGCCGUUAUUGCUGCCUGUACAUUGUUCCUUAUAAUCUAUUGGCUCUCAAAAUAGUCCGAAAGUGAUAUCAACGCAUAAAAAUCAGAAGUUAUCUGCUAUUUUAGGAAUUUUGCUUCUGUAAUUUGCUCUAGCAUAUUCUUUCUUUUGGACCUUGUGAUACACGGUUUGUGACUUUCUGCUGUUAGUGAAGAUUAUUCUUGC